AUGCUUGAGAUCCUAUUUGAAGGCAUUGACAUUGCCCACAUCCUACCUCCCUUGAGAAGAAUGACCAACACCUAUGUGUGGGUGUGCUUGACAUGCAUGUACACGUUACCAUCCCUGGUUCUGUCCACAGAAGAACCACACAAAAAGCUCACAGCCAGUACAAGAUUGGUAAGAUCACUCGAUGAAGCUCGGAAUGACAUCAGCGCUAUGACGAGAACCAUCUCCAGCCUUGAUGAUGAAUUAGCCAGAAAACAGAAAAGAACAUGCAACAUAGGCGUGAACAGUCAUUUCUGUGCUCUGGCUGAUCUUGAUAGUAAGAUUCGCUCCAGGGAAUGGCUCAAUAGUAUAUACAGUCCCGGGAAACGUAGUAUGGAUGACAUGCAGCCUCAGAAAGAAAACAGGGACGACGUUACAAGCGAGUUGAAGGAAUUGUUGCACAAGCGUAUAAACCUUGCCAAAUUGAAGGCUCUACUGAAUGACGCCGACCAAGAUAUAGUUCAACAGCGGAAGAGGACAUGCGCGGUCGAAGUCGGCGGCACCUGUAGAACAGAGUGGGCCUCGUCCAUUGCUGACCAAUACUACUAUCUUCUGGGUCCACACAGCCCAGGCAGGAGGAGGAAAAGGUCUCCUAUCCAGCUGUUUAGGAGAAAAAUCGCUACGGAAAAACUAUUUGGAAAACCUUUAAUGUGA